CAGCAGCAGCAGCAUCAGCUCGUACCUUCCCCCCUUUUCUUUGCAUUGUGCGUCUACUUACCAACAAUGUGGCCGCUGCAUCUGUAGCUUCUGCCACCUGUGGCAGCACUCUUAUUCCCUCUACGCCACAAAGAGAGAGAGAGAGAACAAAAAAAAAAAAGCUGAGAGAGGUCGGAGAGGAGGAGGAGGAGAAACAGGAGGAGGUGGAGGAUAUCUUUCAUGAUAAGUGGACUUGUGACAGAGAGAGAGAGAGAUCCUCGCUGCAUACCCAGAUGACACAAAUGAAAGACUUGUAAAACCAGCACCAUGCCUGGACUCAUUAACAAGGAGAACCGGAGCGCUCUGCCCCUCAGCGUCUCUGACAUCACUUCCUGUGUCAGGGGUUACACUCUGGCCAUGACGGCCUCCAUGACCUAUGAAAAUAUUGAGGAUCAUGCUAUUGAGGGGAUCUUUAUUUAUCCACUGGAGGAAAACUCCAUCGUUGUUGGGUUCGAGUCGAUGAUAUCCAGCCAGAUUAUAACGCUGCAAAUCAAAGACAAGGCAAAAAUUGACGACUGUUAUCUGGACUGUUGCAACACGUCUAAUGGAGCCCUGCACAGUGGCACUGGUCAUAUAGUGAUGGAUGAGGAUUUGGAGAGGACAGUGUUGGUGGUUAACCUUGGGAUCAUCCCUCCUAUGGAGACGGUUCAUAUUCUGGUUAGCACUUCCUCUGAACUCUCCACCCUGCCCAGCGGAGGCAUCAGGGUUUCAUCCCCACCAGUGUGUACGCCUCGGGUUCAGAGGACCAUCAACGAGGAGCAAGGACUAUCCCCAAACUUCUCAAGAACGCGAGACAGGCAUACUUGUACCUCAAGUCCUCAUGAUCAAACUCCCAACUCCCCUCAGCUGUGGUUGGCUUCACUGCUGGAGGAGGAGGCCAUCAACUCGAUGGACUACGAGUUCAACUUCCAACUAGAGAUACGGGCUCCCUACCUCCUUGCAGGUGUAGAGAGCCCGUCUCAUGCUAUCCGAGCCGAUGCAGACCCUCUGGCCCGCUCUGCCACCAGCGUCGUCAUCACUCUGGCAGACAAGUACACUUACGACUGUCCUGUCAAAAUCCUCAUCUACCCCAGUGAGCCUCAUCUGCCACAUGUGCUCAUUGAGAACGGAGACAUGACGCAGGAGGAGUAUGAUGAGUAUCUCCACGGCCGGAGCGAUUUCAUCAAGGCCACCAAGAAGGACUCGAGCAAUGAGAGGAAAGUAGAUAUAAUCCACAGGCGGCUCCAUAAGGACAUCCUCCACAACCCUGUGGUCAUGUUAAACUUCUGCCCUGACCUCAAAUCUAUCAGCUCGGACCUGAGGAUGGUUCACGGCGAGUUUAUCUUCCUCAUUGACCGCAGCGGCAGCAUGAGCGGGGUCAACAUCAACCGUGUGAAGGAUGCCAUGGUGGUGAUUCUGAAGAGUCUUGUGCCCGGCUGCCUUUUUAACAUCGUAGGCUUCGGCUCUACGUUCAAAUCACUAUUCACAACCAGCCAGAACUACGAGGAGGAGGCCCUGGCCCUGGCUUGUGAGUACAUUCGAAAGCUCAGAGCCGACAUGGGUGGGACCAACAUCCUGGCGCCGCUCAACUGGAUCCUGAGACAGCCGAUGUCCAGCGGACACCCCCGCCUGCUCUUUCUGCUCACCGACGGGGCGGUCAGCAACACGGGGAAAGUUAUUGAACUUGUCCGCAGCCAUGCGCGCUACAUCAGAUGCUUUACGUUCGGCAUAGGACAGAAUGCUUGCAGGAGGCUGGUGCAGGGGCUGGCGACAGUUUCCAAAGGAACAGCAGAGUUCCUGACCGACGGAGAGAGGCUGCAGCCCAAGAUGAUAAAGUCCCUGAAGAAAACCAUGUCACCAGUGCUCAGUGACAUCUCCAUCGAGUGGCUCUUUCCUGAGACCAAAGAAGUGCUGCUGUCCCCCGUGGGCAACACCUUCCUGUUUCCAGGGGACAGUCUGAUAGGCUACAGCGUGGUUUGUGACACCACCCGCUACCACGCCAACCCCAAAUCUGACAAGAGGAGGCGAUACAGCAUGAUGCGCUCCGUGGAGUCGGCCAGCUCUGUGUUUUACCACUCUCAAGAAGAAGACCCGGUGAAGACAAGUGGCGACAGCCAGGGGUCCUACAAGGAAGCUGGGCCUCUGUAUGACUCCUACCAGGACUCAGUGACGGACAGCAGCCCUGCCACCACAGAGCAAGACGCCAUGGGAUUGGACUGUAAGAUGUCUCCAAGAAGGCGUGCGUACAGCACCAACCAGAUCAUAGACUACAACCCGGCGAAGAAGGUCUACACUCCCAGUGAUCCGAGCUCUGUGGUGGCAAAGAAUCCCCUGAGGAGAGCCAAAGUCCAGGAGCUGAUAGGCCAGAUGAGCCCCGAACACGAGGCGCAGUGGAGGAACGAUUACCAGCCACAGUUGGCAAGCCUGUGUGCCACAUCUUCCAGAGGGCGUCCUGGCAGCUGUCACAGGCCGUUCCCUCAGCAGGAGCAGCUCCUGCAGCAGGAAGCCGACUUGGCCGAGCUUCAUUUCCAGCCCCAUCCUCCUCAGGACAAUCCUCAGCUCGGCGGCACCGGCUCAGCGCCACCUGCUGCAGCUCGCAACACCGGCGGGGAGGAUGGAUCCAGAUCAUCCACCGACAGCCCGUCUGUUGGCAGCCUCGGAGAUACAGAUGGUUACGGACACCAGUUAUGUCAAGCAGAAACCCCACAGGAGCCCCAGGCGUCAGAUCUGAGUGCACCUGACCACCAGCACAAAGGUGACUGCAAGGCCGUCGUGUCAGGACUGCUGUGCGGGAAACCAGCCAAGUGGGAAGUUGUCUUCGAUAUCGAGCCCUUCCUGAGCGGCCGAGAACGAGAGGAGAAGGUUCACGAGGAGCUGUGGAACGAGACCUUCCACCACCUCGCCGGGCGCUCCAUCCUACACGACUUUGAGCACAUGGCGGAUAAGGAGUGUGAGAUCGAGCACGGCUCCGGGAGGAAGUACCAGCUGUACGCCAUUCACACCAGCAAGGCCUGCAAUAUACUGAGCAAAUACACAGCGUUUGUUCCCGUCGACCUCGACACUAAUGAGUAUUUGCAGACGUGUAUUGAAUACAUAAACCCCAGUGAAGGUCUGAAGAGAGGCUCGCAUUCGAGGUCUCGUUCGGGAAGCAGGAAGAACAGAGGAUACUCCAUCGGACUGGGUCGCUCUCAGUCCGGCGGCAUGUCUGAGGAAGCUGAAGAUGUCCUCCUGUCCAACAAUGCAGAGGAUGGCGUCUCUCCAUGCAGCACUCCCUCCUCCUCCGGCUGGGAGAGAUGUAGCUUCGCGGAGGUCUCCCAAAGGAGUCCGUCUGUGACCUCUGACCAAUCACAGAAAUCGAUGGAGAGCCUUUUUUCUGCCAGGUUGGCCCUCAGCAGGACUCGUCUCCUGACUCGGGCUGCCAAAGGAUUCAUGUGUCGAUCUCACAGCAAGUCCGGUGAUUCAAUCGGAGAGAGUGACAACGAGAACAAAGACUACAUUCCUCUGGUUUUGUUGCAGUUGGCUAGUGGUGCAUUUCCUCUGGACACAGCUCUGUGUGAUGCCAUUAGCGUGCCCAUGGACAAGCUAAAGUGGACGUCCCCCUUCAACAGCCACCGCUCCAGCCUUGGCCACCUGUCUCACUCCGGCAGCCGCCGUGCCGAGAGCGCCGACGACGGACACAGAUCACCGUACGAGCCAGAAACAUAUCAGCAACCUGCAGAGAACACCGCCGGCAUCCACAGCCCUUCUCACCUGUCCAGGAGCGCCUGGAUGGUGGACGCUUGUCCUUCCUCAUUAGGCAGUCCAUCCACCGCCGCUGAGCCGCAGCUCUCCCCACACUCCCAGGUUGAUAGCGGACGUGGUUCCGGUUCAGGGGGCUUGGAAACUGCAUCGCUAAAGAGGAUGCUGGAUCCGGAGAGCAUGGUGUGGGCCACGGCUGUGGCUCUCGCCUGGCUUGAGCACAGCUCGGCCAGUUACUUCAUAGAAUGGGAGAUGGUAGCUGCCAAGGCCAGCAUGUGGCUGAGCGCGCAGGACAUCCCAGAAGGCCGAGACUUAGCCUCCAUUAAGGCCGCUGCCAACCAGCUCUUCAUCAUCCUCAGACACUGGGAUGAAAACCUGCAACUGAACAUGCUGUGUUACAACCCAAACAGCGUCUGAGGCCUGAAGGCUGAACACUGAAACUCAAAUCCAUAUGAUACUAUGCUGACCGAGGCUGUACUAUUCUCUGUUCAGCAGUAUGUCCUCUGGAGUCUGAUAUUGCCGUCGCAGUCGUGAACAACGUGUAUUUUCUUCUGUUUGUGUGCUGUUCCUCCAAACAUAUCACAGGCUCUUCAGAGACACUAUGUGCAAAGCUAUUACCUCGCUGGUGCCUCAUACUGUAGCUGGAUGCCUGCUAGCAGAGAGGUCUCCUCUGAGUUAUGCCACAGAUUUGAGUUUCACGGAAGAAGAACGUCAGUAUUAAAUUAGUAGCAUGCCGGAAUCGCUGACCAUAAACAUCUGAGAAAAGCUCUUAUCGUCAUCAUAUUGAUGUUAUGGGGAGAAAGCUGCAAAGAAAAACAGUUUUUACAUAUUUACAGCAUUUCCUGGAUUGAUUGUAUCGUGGAAAAAGAAAAUGUUACCAUGACAACAUCUGCGUACUUGCUAGCCUGUCUUUUCUAACGCAUGUUUCCAUUACAGUGUUAGUAAUGUGUUUUUUUUUUUUUUUUGCUGUUUGGUUAUA